AUGUCGCGUCUCACUAAGCUAUCUUUGGUUUUCGCAUGCAUCGUCUUGCAAAUGACCGUGUCGAAUGCCAAAAUCGCGGUCUUUGACGAGUACUUGCGGAGGCAAGCUAACGAAUCGUACGCUGAGUCUUUGAAAGCAUUCAAUCCCCAUCCAGAGGAUCUAACCGAUGAAUUCAACGAGCUAGUUGGCGAGACCUUGAUAGGUGAAAACAUCACGAGGCGGCAACUGAGAGGCAACGGCUGCAAGGCCACGAACCCCAUCGAUCGAUGCUGGCGGUGCGACCCGAACUGGGCCAAGAAUCGGAAAAAGCUCGCCGAUUGCGCCCGUGGCUUCGGCCACGACACGCACGGCGGAAAGGACGGGCGGUACUACGUGGUCACCGACGCCUCGGACGACAGCGUGGACAACCCAAGGCCCGGGACCCUUCGCCACGCGGUCAUUCAGAAGGAGCCCCUAUGGAUCGUCUUCUCCCACAGCAUGGUGAUCAAGCUUCAACAAGAGCUGAUAAUGACGAGCCACAAGACAAUCGACGGGCGAGGCGUACAAGUACGCAUCGCUUACGGUGCAGGCAUCACGAUUCAAUUUGUCAAGAACAUCAUCAUCCACAACAUAUGGAUACACAACAUCGUGAAGGCCUCAGGUGGCAUGAUUCGGGACUCGGUCGACCACUUGGGGCUACGGACGCAGAGCGAUGGGGACGCCGUCAGCAUAUAUGGGUCGAGCCGCGUGUGGAUCGACCAUGUGUCGCUCUCCAAGGGGGUCGACGGGCUAAUCGACAUCAUCGAAGGAUCCACUGCCAUCACUAUCUCAAAUUGCAAGUUCAACCACCACAACGACGUGAUGCUGUUGGGGGCACACGACACUGACUCCAAGGACUCGAUCAUGCAAGUGACGAUCGCGUUCAACAGGUUCGGAAUAGGGUGCAUACAGAGGAUGCCACGUGUCAGGUGGGGAUACGCCCACGUCGUCAACAACGACUACUCCCAUUGGGAGUUAUACGCAAUUGGAGGUAGCGCGCACCCAACAAUCAUCAGCCAAGGUAACCGAUUCAAGGCUGCCGAUUACCAAUACACCAAAGAGGUGACCAAGAGAGAUUAUGCGACACCCGAGGAAUGGAAGAAGUGGCAAUGGCGGUCGGAAGGGGACUUGUUCACAAACGGGGCCUUCUUUACCGAGUCGGGCCCACCACUCGAACACAAAAAAAGCCCGUUGGCAGGGCAGAAUUUGAUCAAGUUCAAGCCAGGAUCAUAUGUGGGAAGGCUCACACGAGCUGCCGGGGCCAUCAACCACCGAGCCGUGAAAAUCAACCUCAAGCUUUCAGGCAAGUAUCGAUCGUGCUAUUUCGCCAAGCACCGGUAUUCCGGCGAACAACGCCUUCUCGAAAGGGAGGAGCAUCCGCUCCCCGAGGCUUCGAUCGUCAUCCCUCUCGACCUUUUGGACUCGACAAACGAAAAAGCCCAAGAGCCUUCGAACGCGGGCUGGCCCGGCCCGACCUUAAAGCACGAACAGUUGAUCCGGUCCGCGUUGAAAAAGGCCCAGUUCGAAUCUUUCGGGCUGUUGAGGAGCCGGCCUAGAUCGGUUGACCUUUACUUUCGAGUCAACGUGAGUCGAAACGUGCUCAUUUCUUACGGCGACCGGUGGAAUUCCGAGGGUGAUGAUGUCGAGGAAGAGGGUCAUGAUGAUGUCAUCAUGGUUCGCGCUUCGGAAUCGUCGAUCGGGAGAUUGAAGGAGUUGGUGGUGUCGGAGGAUGGGCCGGGAUGCUCGAUUUGCAUGGAGGACAUUUUUUGCGGGUCCCGCGGCUCGGUUAUGCCGUGCCGCCAUGUGUUUCACCGGGAUUGGACCGAGAGGUGGCUCCGGACGAGCCAUUAUUGUCGGUUUGCCGGUUUGAGAUGCCGACAUAUUAGGUUUUUCAGGUUUUAA